CCGACUACGGGCACUGUCUGUACGGAGUUUGCACGUUCUCCCCGUGACCUGUAUGGGUUUUCUCCGAGAUCUUCGGUUUCCUCCCACACUCCAAAGACGUGCAGGUGUGUAGGUUAAUUGGGUUGGUGUAAAUGGGAGAAUUGUCCCCUAGUGGGUGUAGGAUAGUGUUAAUGUGCGGGGAAAGAGCUGGUCAGCGUGGACCCGGUGGGCCGAAGGGCCUGUUUCCGUGCUGUAUCUCCAAAACGAAACAAACUAAAAACUAAAACGCUCGCUCUUGUUGGUGAGAGAUGGGCAUUAGAUUGUGUUCUUGGUACUAGUCACAUCUGUGGAGUCUUUUAAGUUCCUGGGAACCAUCAUCUCCAAGGACCUUAAAUGGGGGGCCACCAUCAACUCCACAGUCAAAAAGGCACAACAGAGGAUGUACUUCCUGCGGCAGCUGAGGAAGCACAAUCUGCCACAGGCAAUGAUGGUCCAAUUCUACACGACCAUCGUAGAGUCUGUCCUCACCUUCUCCAUCAUGGUCUGGUUUGGCUCAGCCACCAAGCACGACACCUGGAGGCUGCAGCGAAUCGUCCGAUCAGCAGAGAAGGUUAUUGGCUGCAACCUUCCCUCCAUUGAUGAACUGUACACUGCAAGGGCCAGGAAGCGAGCGGGCAAGAUCAUCUCUGACCCCUCUCACCCUGGCCACAAACUCUUUGAAUCACUUCCCUCUGGAAGGCGACUCCGGACUGUCAAAGCUGCCACAGCCAGACAUAAAAACAGUUUUUUAUCCACGAGUAGUAGCUUUACUCAACAGCCAGAAAUCUGUAGCCUCCCUUUGAUCUGGUAUUUUGUUGGUUCACAUGCUUGAUCAAUGGUGUUUUAUCAUUAAUGUUUUAUUAUUAUUAAUGUUUAGUGUUUUCAGAGUCAUUCGUAACUGUCACUGUAUGUCAUGUUGUUACUUGUGGGCGGAGCACCAAGGCAAAUUCCUUGUAUGUGAAUACUUGGCCAAUCGAUUUAUUUACUUACUCUUUUGCAGCCCACCAUUACUGAUGAGUCCACAGGCAUCUCAUGGUCCAGCUGAGGUUGAAACCGGGAGCCUUGGAGACAGUAACAGCACUCAGUCUGACGAGGAAACUCAGGAGAGGAGCGUGGAGCUUGAGAAGCUACUGAAGAACCACGCAGAGUGGAUCUGGUACUGGUCCAGCCGCCCAGAAAACGUGCCCCCAAAGGAAUUCUUAUUUAAACAUCCCAAAUAUUCAUCCAGUCUGAGCGUACGGAAGACAGGGGUGAUGAAGAAAAGGGGGAUCUUCGGUUCCGAGUUUGUUGUGCUGUUCAUUCCCUCGCUCCUGAUAACUCACCUGCUCAUGCUGGGAGUGGGGAUCUACAUCGGCAGAAGGCUGGCAGCUUCCUCAGCGAGUAGCUUGUAAAUGGCCGCAGUGAAGAAGAGAUGGACACCAGUUGCUUCACUCGCCGCACACGUAGACAGGCAUAGCGGGCGCCUGGGAGAGUUACAAAGACUCCACGUGUUCCUAUCGUUCACUGCGCUCUGCGCCUCCUCUGUGCUAGUCGCCUCUUUCCUUCAGUCUUUACACUUCCAUUAGUUCUUUAUGCCAGCUGGCCAGCCUGGGUACGCCUACUAGUGGUUGGAGGGAGGAACCACCCCCGCUCCCUACACCUGUCCCUACACUGCGUCUUGUUUAGAUAAUGCUUAGAGAUACACGCUAGCACUAUCUCACACAU